AAAAAAACAAUACAUGGUGGUGUUAUUCUAACAAACUUCGGGGAAAACCCUCGGUUGAACUACGGGAUAUGAUGUCAUCGAUCUUUAUGAAUUCGGCCUAUCGGCUUCAUGACAUACAAGAAUAUCAUCUAAAUGAAGAAUCCACCACUUCAAUCUUCUUUGACAUCUACCCUGGUCGUAUCGCCGAUGCUCAUCAUCCAUCGAGCCGGAGCUCUUCCAUCAAGCUUCCAAUGUAGUUUAAUCAUCUGCUAGCGAUUCCUAUUCUAAACUUCACAUAUAUUUAAUCUCUUUCACUCACUCUUUCACAAUUUCUUUCGUUCACACCGUCUAGGCCUGUAACUUCUCUCCUUCCUUCCUUCUCUCACUCUCUCAUUCACUGGGUUCCACGAAACAUGUUGACAACCAAACACAAUGAGUCUCAUGCCCCUGCUUGCAAUCAGACUGGUCAAACGACAGCACCUUAUGGCAUUCUGUAACACUUUUGUGCUCUCAGAUGUCUUUCGGAGCCACGUGUCCAUAGGACAUACUACUACGUCGUCUUUCCCAAAUCACACUGAGCCCCUUCUUUCUGUUUUUCAGCGCCUCCUUUUUUGAACUUUUUGAGAUACAUUUUGAAGAAAACUUGACAUUUAGAAUCCGAUAUAAACUCUGAAAUUGUAACCAUUCCCUGUCCGUGUGUACACGGGUUUUGUCACAACGUACUUCCCACCUCUGUCUUUGAACUUAUUCCUUCUUCUCGAAUUGUACUUAUCCCCAAACUACUCAAUUUCAUUUAAUCUGAUACUCGUUCCCAAUACUACUCUCAUUUAAUCCCCGACACGUGGAAUUGAAGCGUUUGGAUAGCGAAUGGUUCAGCUUCACCCCCCUCGAAUGUCUUUAAGUCUUGGUUUCCUUAUUAUAUGUAUUCUCUUAUUUUAAAUUCCCAACUCUAGGUUUUUCACCGCCCGUAGUGGGAGAACCACACGACACAACAACACCAGCACUCCCACUGCCUUCUAGAACUGUUUAUUUCUGUCCAUUUAUUCCCAUACUUCUGUCCAACAAAAAGCUAAUAUUGUAAUGCGCGCUUGAAAAAUACAAUUAUAAUAAAGUAUAUAUGCACGAUGCUUUUAUUAAAGAACAGUUAUUACC